AUGAAUACAGCAGCGGCUGCACGUACAACCAGAAGGUUAUGAGGAGGUUAUUUCCACUCAGACUGCUGCAGGAUUCGUACACGCAAGAAAAAUCUAAAGCCUCCCCCGGGCUGCCACACACGGAGAACAGCAGACAGACACCGACGCGCCAUUUGGCUCACUGGCCGAUUUGCACCGGUCUUUUGUUUUCUGCAUCUGUGCUGCAUCAAGGACAGACACGUCGGAGCGAUAAGAGAAUCCAUGAGAAACGCUUCGAGCAGGAAACCGCUUCAGUAUCACGGUUGUGUGAGGAUUGAGCCAUGGAUGCUGGGAGGCUGGAGCAGCAGGUGGCCAGUGUGGAGAGAGGCAUCACCUUUCUGAAGCAGGAGCACCUGGCCAUGCUGACCGGUCUGCAGAUGGAGAUCACACACCUGAAACGACGCUGCCACGAACUGAGCUGUGAGCUGGACUCCAGGUUUCCUGACAGAAGCACUGCAGAGGAGGAAGCGGAGCUGGCUGCACGGUGUGAGGCUGCAGAGCUUCUCAUCGAGGACCAGCACUGCAUGAUGCUUGCUGCACGUGGCGAGCUGCGAGCUGGCCGGGCACGAGCUUCAGCACUUGGACGGAGCCUCAGGGAAGAAGAGCGGCAUUUCUUAGAAGAGUUGAAACGACGCAGCCACAAGAUCACGCUGCUGAGUCGUGAACUGCAGCGGCAAAAUAUGACCACAACAACCCUGUACCACGAGCUCCACACCGCACGAUUAAAACUGUUCCAACAACGGCAGAGCACAGAGAACCCAGCCGAGAGGAAAGAGGAAGCCAAAGUGAGGGAGGAGGAAGGAGGAGAGGAAGAUGAAGAUGAGGAUGACGAUGAUGAGGAUUACGAGGGGGAGGGAUCAGACUGGCUUCUGUCUCCGCCUCCCCCAGCGUCCCCCACCCAAUCAGAGUUGAGACACAGGAGGCGUGUGAGUGUGAGGGAGGAGCGGGUGAGAGCGUGCGUCCCACAGGAGAGAGUGACAUCACCACAAAGGCCACACCCCAUGCCUGACCCCGCCCUUUUUUUGGUCCCACUCAGAUACCGGCUCCUUCGCUGGAACCGUCCAAUCAGAACGCAGGAAGGGGAGCAGCUAGAGGAUGAAUGGGAGGACAUAGAGGACAGCAGCGUACACAGGAGGGUGGACAUGGGGGCAGGAGAAGGAGAAACCGCCCUGUGAUGAAGAUGAUGAAAAUGGGGAGGUGAAGUCGUCUUCCAACAACAACCAGUGUCAUGUGACACUUGAUGCAGCUUCUGUAUCUAAUCCAGAACCCAGAUGAAAUGAGAGGGAUGUAAUGUUGUGGCUGUUUGUAGACUCGAGAGAGUAAGUUAGGUAUUUCUAGUUAGUUUUACAAAGAUGCGUGAUUAAAACUUCCACAUAGAUUAAUUGAAUUUGUCACAUUGAUUGUACAACACAUACUCUUGAAAUGCAAAGUUAUGGGUGGGUGAAUAAACAUACUAUUUGAUAUGGAUGCCUCUUGUUUUUAACACUGUUGGUCACAGCUCUGCCUGUGUGGCAGCCUGCUUUUUCACUGCACUAGCUGUAUUCCAGGUUCAGAAAGUCACUGUAGAGGGCUUAGUGACAUUUUGUAUGAUUUGCACUUUAUUAAACCCAUGCAAUGUGCCUAGGAAUGGCAACAAUG